AGAGAUGGCGCAGCGUGCGCUGUAAAGAGCAUACAGUUCACAACACCGGUAAACAGCGGGACGGCUCCAUGUCGGGGGGUUACGGGGGGAACAAAAACAACAACCCCAAAACGCACAGCACGCGCACGUGGGUAAAGCUCUCGAGCUCCUCUAAUCUCAGCUGUGUAGCAUCGUAAUCUCGCGACACAGACGGAAGACUGACUGACGGAGGAGCAGGAAUGAAUUCAUUAAAUAAAUAAACAAACAAACAAACAAACAAGUAAGUAAAUAAAUAAAUAGAUAAAGGCUCGUCUGCCGCGCGAUGCUGCUGCGCUGAUCUUUAGGAGGCUUCGGGAUUCCGCGCGAGACCGGAAACCGUGGAAAGAGAAGAGAGAAAGCACUUUGAUUUGUCAUGUUGCGUUUGGAGCGCGGAGUAUGUUCUCUAAAGCCUUGCUGAAUAGAUGCUGUGAUUGGAGCGGAACUUUCAUGCUUAGCUCGUGAACCGGAGAUCAUGUGGACGCCGACGGAGGACGAAAAGCUCGGAGUGGUAAUCUGCAGCUUCCGUGGCUCUCUGACUCAUGGCCUGAUUCUAGAGAUCGGAGAAACUGUUCAGAUCCUGGAGAAGUGUGAAGGAUGGUUUCGAGGAUUCUCAACCAGGAAACCUAAUGUCAAGGGCAUCUUCCCAGCUAGCUAUGUGUAUCUGCGGAAGGCUGUUGUCACCAACCGUGGGCAGUAUGAGACAGUGGUGCCUCUUGAAGAUUCCAUUGUGACCGAAGUCACCUCUACUCUACAGGAAUGGGCUGUACUCUGGAAGCAGCUCUAUGUGAAGCAUAAAGUGGACCUCUUUUAUAAGCUGCGUCACGUGAUGAACGAGCUGAUCGACCUGCGGCGGCAGAUGCUAUCUGGUCACCUGACCCAGGAUCAGAUUCGCGAGGUCAAGCGCCACAUCACCAUACGCCUCGAUUGGGGCAAUGAACACUUAGGUCUGGAUCUCGUACCGAGGAAGGACUUUGAAAUGGUGGAUGCAGACCAGAUUAGUGUCUCUGACCUCUACAAAAUGCAUCUGUCCAGCAGACACAGUGUCCAGCAAAGCACAUCACAGGGGGACAGCAUGCGGCAGCGUCAUGGUGAUGCGUGUCGGGUACCCGUCCCUCACCACCUGUUUGUCAAUCUCAAGAGCUUUACUUACAACACCAUAGGAGAAGACACAGACAUUUUCUUUUCCCUCUAUGACCUUCGGGAAGGCAAACACAUAAGUGAGAAGUUCAUGGUGAAGCUCAACAAAAAUGGAGGCCCAAAGAACCCGGAGAAAAUCGACCGGCUCUGCGCACUGUUUACGGACCUGAGCAAUAAGGAUAUGAAACGAGACCUGUACAUUGUAGCUCAGGUCAUCAGGACUGGGCGAAUGCUGCUGAAUGACUCGAAGAAGGGCCCUCCACAUGUGCACUACCGACGCCCAUACGGAUGCGCUGUGCUGGCUAUGAGCGAUGUGCUGCACACCAUAUCAGAGCUAAAGGAGGAGAAAGACUUUGUGCUCAAAGUUUACACAUGUAACAAUGAGAACGAGUGGUACCAGAUUCAUGAGAACAUCAUCCGCAAGUCCAGCACCAAAUACACUGCACCCAGCACCAACUAUGGUCUGAUCAUCUCUCUGCAGCUGCUCAGGGGAGAGACGGAACAGAUCCGUAGGGAGAAUCCUAUGAUCUUCAACCGCGGCGUUGCCAUCACACGUAAACUCGGCUUUCCUGAUGUCAUCAUGCCAGGUGAUAUCCGUAAUGAUUUGUACCUCACCUUGGAGAGAGGCGAUUUUGAGAGAGGAGGGAAGAGCGUACAGAAGAACAUCGAGGUCACAGUGUAUGUGUUGUAUGCCGACGGAGAGAUUCUUAAGGACUGCAUUAGCCUGGGCUCAGGAGAGCCGAAUAUCAGUGAGCACCGUUCACUCGUCCUCUACCACAACAACAGCCCUCGCUGGAGUGAAGUGAUCAAGCUGCCCAUCCCCAUCGAUCGCUUCAGAGGCUCCCAUCUGCGCUUCGAGUUCAGGCACUGCUCGACAAAAGACAAAGGCGAGAAGAAACUCUUUGGUUUUGCUUUCACACCUCUAAUGAGAGAAGAUGGUACGACGCUAUCCGACGAGUGUCACGAACUCUAUGUCUACAAGUGUGACGAGAACACAACCUUCAGCAACCAUGCUCUGUAUCUGGGCUUACCCUGCUGUAAGGACGACUUCAACGGCUGCCCCAAUAUUCCCUCCAGCCUCAUCUUCCAGCGUAGCACCAAGGAAACCCUGUGGAUCUCCACUCAGCUCUCCUCCACCAAGCUCACACAGAAUGUGGACUUGCUGGCUCUGCUGAAGUGGAAAGCUCAACCUGAUCGCGUGAUGGACAUUCUAGGUCGACUGAGACAUGUUAGUGGAGAGGAAAUAGUCAAAUUUCUUCAGGACAUCCUGGACACACUGUUCUCCAUUUUAGAUGACAACACAGACAAAUAUGGUCCUCUGGUGUUUCAGUCGCUGGUAUUCAUCAUCAAUCUGCUCCGGGACAGCAAAUACUACCACUUCCGCCCAGUGAUGGACACUUACAUCCAGAAACACUUUGCUGGAGCUCUGGCCUAUAAAGAGCUUAUCCGCUGCCUGAAAUGGUAUAUGGACCGCUCAGCAGAGGUCGUCCGGCAGGACCACAUUCAGGAAGCAAUGAGGGCACUGGAGUAUUUGUUCAAGUUCAUAGUCCAGUCGCGGAUCCUGUACUCUCGGGCCACAUGUGGCAUGGAGGAGGAACAAUUUCGCACCAGCAUCCAGGAGCUCUUCCAGUCCAUCCGCUUCGUGCUUAGCUUGGACAGCCGCAGCUCAGAGACACUCAUUUUCACCCAGGCAGCCCUGCUUAAUUCCUUCCCAGCCAUCUUUGAUGAGUUGCUGCAGAUGUUCACAGUGCAGGAGGUGGCUGAGUUUGUGAGGGGAACCUUGGGGAGCAUGCCCAGUACCGUGCACAUAGGCCAGUCGAUGGAUGUGGUGAAGCUGCAGUCCAUUGCUCGGACAGUAGAUAGCAGGUUGUUCUCUUUUCCAGAGUCAAGAAGGAUUCUCCUACCAGUGGUCUUGCACCACAUCCAUCUUCAUCUUCGUCAGCAAAAAGAACUGCUCAUCUGUUCAGGGAUCUUGAGCAGCAUCUUCUCCAUCAUCAAGGCCAGUUCGCUGGAGACUUCAGUUCAGGAGGAGGUGGAGAUGGUGGUGGAGAGCUUGUUGGAUGUUCUUUUGCAGACCCUGCUCGCCAUCAUGAGCAAGUCGCAAGCUCAGGAGGCGGUAAGAGGCCAGCGCUGCCCACAGUGCACGGCCGAGAUCACUGGUGAAUACGUGUCCUGCCUGCUGUCUCUCCUGCGUCAAAUGACAGACAUCCACUUUCAGCACCUCUUGGACAACUUCCAGAGCAAAGAGGAGAUAAAGGAGUUUUUGCUGAAGAUUUUCUGUGUUUUCCGCAACUUGAUGAAGCUCAGCAUUUUCCCCAGAGACUGGAAUGUGAUGCGGCUCCUGACCAGCAACAUCAUUGUAACCACAGUGCAGUAUCUCUCUCCUGCUCUGCACAAGAACUUCACGGAUGCUGACUUUGACUUUAAGGUUUGGAACUCGUACUUCAGUCUUGCAGUACUGUACAUCAACCAGCCCAGUCUGCAGCUCGAGAUCUUAACCCCAUCCAAGAGGAAGAAGAUUCUAGACAAGUAUGGUGAUAUGAGAGUCAUGAUGGCCUAUGAGCUAUUCAGCAUGUGGCAAAACCUUGGUGAAAAUAAGAUCCACUUUAUCCCAGGAAUGAUUGGACCCUUCCUGGGCGUGACCCUGGUGCCUCAGAGUGAGGUCAGGAACAUCAUGAUCCCCAUCUUCCACGACAUGAUGGACUGGGAACAGCGCAAGAACGGCAACUUCAAACAGGUGGAGGCAGAGCUCAUAGAUAAGCUGGACAGUCUAGUGUCUGAGGGUAAAGGAGACGAGAACUACAGAGAGCUUUUUGGGUUGCUUACUCAGCUUUUUGGGCCCUAUCCCAGUCUGUUGGAAAAAAUCGAGCAGGAGACGUGGCGUGAGACAGGCAUCUCUUUCGUCACCUCUGUCACUCGCCUUAUGGAGAGGCUACUGGAUUACAGGGAUUGCAUGAAGGGAGAUGAGACGGAGAACAAGAAGAUUGGCUGCACUGUCAACUUGCUAAACUUCUAUAAGUCUGAGAUCAACAAAGAGGAGAUGUACAUCCGCUACAUUCACAAGCUUUGUGACAUGCACCUGCAGGCUGAGAACUACACAGAGGCGGCGUUUACUCUGCUCCUGUACUGGGAGCUGCUGCAGUGGGAGGAUCGACCCCUGCGGGAGUUUCUGCACUAUCCGGCUCAGAGCGAGUGGCAUCGCAAAGAGGAUCUUUGCCGCAAGGUCAUCCACUAUUUCAACAAGGGCAAGUGCUGGGAAUAUGGGAUUCCUUUUUGCCGAGAGCUUGCCUUACAAUACGAAUCCUUAUACGACUACCAGAGCCUCAGUUGGAUACGGAAAAUGGAAGCAGCCUACUAUGAUAACAUUAUGGAGCAGCAGAGACUGGAGCCCGAGUUCUUCAGGGUGGGCUUUUACGGUCGAAAAUUUCCUUUCUUCCUCAGGAACAAGGAGUUUGUUUGCCGUGGGCAUGACUACGAGAGACUUGAAGCCUUCCAGCAAAGGAUGCUGGGAGAAUUCCCACAAGCAAUUGCCAUGCAACAUCCCAACCAACCAGAUGAGGCCAUUUUGCAGUGCGAUGCCCAGUACUUGCAGAUCUAUGCUGUAUCUCCAGUUCCAGAAAACGUAGAAGUGCUUCAGAUGGACCGUGUGCCUGACCGAAUUAAAAGCUUCUACCGAGUGAACAACGUGCAUCGCUUUCGCUACGACCGACCCUUCCACAAAGGUCCCAAAGACAAGGACAAUGAGUUCAAGAGUUUGUGGAUCGAGAGGACCACACUUAUCCUCACACAUCCCCUGCCGGGCAUCUCUCGUUGGUUUGAGGUGGACAAGAGAGAGCUGGUUGAAGUGAGCCCGCUGGAGAAUGCCAUCUCCGUGGUGGAGAAUAAGAACCAGGAACUGCGCACUUUAAUCAGCCAGUACCAGCACAAGCAGCUGCACGGCAACAUUAACCUACUUAGCAUGUGUCUCAACGGAGUGAUUGAUGCAGCUGUCAACGGAGGCAUCGCUCGCUACCAGGAGGCAUUCUUUGAUAAAGAAUACAUCUCCACUCACCCAGAGGACACAGAAAAAAUCACUCAGCUCAAGGACCUCAUGCAAGAACAGGUCCACAUCCUGGGUGUAGGGCUGGCGGUCCAUGAGAAACUGGUGCACCCGGAAAUGCGUCCUCUACACAAGAAGCUGAUAGAUCAGUUCCAGAUGAUGCGGAGCAGUCUGUGCCAUGGUUUGCCUGGCUUGGACAGACUGAGUGCAGCCUGCUCUGGACCCAGCAACCCACGAGCCAUCCUCCCGUCUCAUAAUCCUAUGAGCCCAGAGAGCAUCAAACUCAUGCACAGACACAGCCCAUCUUUGUCUCGUACCGUGCGUCACUCCUCGUCUUCCCUCUCCUCCAGUGAGACGGGGAACCUCCUCAUCCUCACUGACGGAGUGCUGAUGGAGCAUCCUGAAGAGCUCUACCGCAUGCAGCCCAGUCCCUCGACGUCCAGCCUGAGCUCUACUCACUCCGCUCCUCCUCAGAUGAUCAACUCGGGCCCCGGCAGCAUCCGAGUCGGUUCUCCAUCACUGCCUGAUCGAUACAGGCACAACCGCGAGAUGCUGAUGCUACUGCCAGCGCAUCGAGAUCGGCCCAGCAGCGCCAUGUACCCCAACCUCAGUGAGAAUGGACAGCCUACCAACCUGCAGAGGGCCUUGUUUCAUCAGGUGAUCGGUCCAUGCAAGCCAUGCAGCGACCCCAAUCUCUCUGUGGCUGAAAAAGUGCUGAGUGCUCCUAGCAGUUGGAGCCUGGACAGUGGCACGAGAGAUGCACUGCCUUUCCUCUCGUCCCACGUGGGGAGUGUGAUGGCUCCACCAGUGCCCCCUCGCAACUUUCCUUCUGGGCACUUCUCGAUGCACUUUGAUGCUUUCCAGCAGCAGAUUGGUGAACUCCCCCCAGCCCUCCCUGCACGCUCCUUAAGAAAGUCCCCUCUUCACCCCAUACCCGCCUCACCCACAAGUCCUCAGUCGGCCCUUGAUGGUAGUAACUCCACGCUGUCGGGCAGUGCCAGCAGUGGCGUCUCGUCCCUAAGCGAGAGCAACUUCUGCCCUUCCUCAUCAGAUGCUCCUGCGCUGGACUCAACACCCAGCUGCCAGACGUGGACCACAGAUACUGAUGAGGCGGAGACACCCCGCAUCGUCCACUACAGUGUCUCCGAGCCUGACGUCCUGGACAGCCUAAAGCCAGCCCCCUGUCGCAGUCACUCAGCACCUGUGGGCGUCAUGCCAGUGCUGCCUCCAGAUGGGCACCACCAUAUCCACGCUGGGCCUGUUGGCCAUUACCACCUCCAUCAGCAUGAGCCACCUCCAGCGCUUCCCCCAAAACCGUACCUGAGAGAAGGCUGCAUCCCAGAGGAGGACUUGAGACCUGUGCCGAGACCAAUGCCACGCAAGAUCUCCCAACCACUGCUCACCAACAAGGAAGAGCAGGCCAAAGUGGCAUGGGAGCAUGGAAUCAGUGAGGAGUAGAGGCGUGGCUGGAAGUGGAGCAGCUCGAUUGCAUGUCGAGUGGUUGAAGCUGGGUUUGGAGAAUUGUAGAAUUGUAGAAAGAGAGAAUUUGAUCUGGUUCAUGUUACCUCCAACAAGACUUUUCACCAAUCAUCAUAGGAGCCUCACUGGUCCUGAUGCAAGAACUGAGUAAAUCCCUUUGAUGAACUUUGAAGAUUAUAGCAGUCUGGUUUAUGCUUCAUCAGAAGUGCUUCUGGGAAUGGCCUCAAAAGGAACUUCUGAAAGCCUGUAAUGUUCUUGGUUUUCAAAACAGUAGGAGGUUCAUUUUUUUUUCCCCUUCAAUCUGUCCAUCAAAUAAUGGGGGUUGGCCAGUAAACAGGAAUAAGUAUUAUGUGAAAGACAUUUUGUUGUCUGUUCCACCAGAAUGGUGUCUUGAUUUGACGUGCAGUGUAUGAGGAUAUAGCAGUUUUUAAUGUGAAUUCAUCUGAGACAUCGACAAUCUCAUGUAAACUGCAUGUGCAGUUUCGGGCAAGCUAAUUUAAAAAUGUUCAUUAGAUAAGCUACAAGUACUCUGAACACUGCAUAAGUGCCUCCAAGCGACUGACAAGAAAUAUAACAGGUAUUGAGGUAUACAUCACAUUAAGAAUAUGAAGUUAAAUUAUAUGUUAAAAAUAUGAAGUACAAUAGUUUAUUGAUCAUUAAAAUCGUUAAGUCAUUGGACUGUGCUGUUAUAGGAAAAGAAUCCAUGCUGAACUGGAGUCAUACAGCUCGAAGUGAAGCAAAGUUAUUUUCCUAUAACUGCAUGAUUACAUUUUUUAACUUAUUAAUUAACAUCACAUCACGCUCCACUAUCCUUUCCCAAACGCCGCUAUCCUUUCCCAAACUCCACUAUCCUUUCCCAAACUCCACUAUCCUUUCCCAAAAGACUUUCCUAUACCAGAAAAUUUACUGACAUUACAAAGCGCUGAUGCUGAAGACUCCUUCAAUAAAUGUUAUAUAAACGUCUCCUUACAGAAAGCUUCACCAUAUCAACAGUUACAGCUUUUCCUUUGUUAAAUAACAACACGUUAAUAAAAAAAAAAGUUCAUUAUUAGCCUUAGAUUAUAUGGAGACAAGUCUCUGUGAAUUAGUUGCCACUACAGACACGAUAACGUAUUAUUAAAAUAAAACGUUAAUCAUUUAUGUUAUGAUCGGAAGGUCGGAGGGUUCAAGCGCCAGCACUGCCAAGCUGCAUCUGUUGGGCCUUUGAGCAAGACCCUUAACCCUCUCUGCUCCAGGGGGCGCUGUAUCAUGGCUGACCCUGCACUCUGACCCCAACUUCCUGACAUGCUGGGGUAUACGAAGAAAAGAAUUUCACUGUGCUGUUAUUGGUAUAAAGACUCAUUAAAACUACUGUCAGAGCUCCUCUAGAAAAUUAAUCCAGAGCUACUGAAUUAAACGCUGUUUUAUUUUAAAAAAAAAAAAAAAAAAAAAAAAAAGAAAGAAUAAACAUUGCAACACUGUAUCUUGGACAACCUCCCUUAAAAAGUGACUUAAAUAGUGACUUUUCUGAAAAGCCUUUUUCAGAAGUUUCAGAAGUAUAUUCUGAAGGAAGCAUAAACCAGUCUUGAGUCCUACUAGAUUCGUGCUUGCCACCUGUCUACCACUACCACUACUAUAAUCUUUUUUUUCUUAACGUUUUUCUAGAGAACUGUGAGCAUUUUGGUUUUACUCCAUUUACUCCUUUGGUAGGUGAUUUUACCCCAAAUGACUUACAAGUGAGAUAGAAUGCAAUCCAAAGUAGAGCUGGAGAGUUGGGGUUAAAGUUGACAUUCAGGAAGCAUUCAAACUCGCAUUGGAACUCGCAGCCUUCCAGACCUGGGAUUUGAACUCACAAGCUUCUGGACUCUUGAGUAGAACCUUAAGCACUGAGCUCCUAGGGUGUGAUACACAA